GUGUAAACCUAAUAAACAUAGAUUAUGUGGAAAAGAAAGGGCUUAUCUGGAGAUGUUUGAACAAUAUAUCAACUAUUGGUAGUACAAGUGAUUAUGAGAUCAUUGAAUGUGUUCCUGGUGUUGAAGUUGAUAUUGACGGUGUUAAAGUGGUUCAAAAGUUCUAUGUGAAGUGUGGAUUUUGUUGUGAUGUCAUUCUUGAAAUGCUAGAAAGCAACAUUCAUGUUAGGUGUAUUAAAGGUAAAUUGACGGAGAAUGAUGGUGCUGGCGAAGAGAAAGAGAAAUGUAGUGAUGGAAAAGACAAUAAUGUUGCGAAUGUAAGGUGUGUAGUAAACGUAUUGGAGGAUAAUGAGGCUGAGUUUGAUUAUAAUGGGGGUGAAGCUGCAGAUGGCAGAAUGAAUGAAUCUGGAAAAGAUUACAACGAAAGUAAAAUCGAAAAUGAAAAAAAUGAACAAAAGGCAUUUGUUCAAUGUCAAAGCCUUAGGAAAAUGAGUUGUGGUAAUGAAACACGUGAUGACAAGUGUGAUGAUAAGAAUAAACGAUGCAUUGGAUUAGGAGGAGCAUCUAUGAGUCACCCAAGCACCAUACGAACAUUGAAUAGCAUGUUAAAGGCUAAACGUAAUGUGAAUAAUUUUGUAAGGUUAAAUAGUGUAAGCUGCCAAAGGGUGAAAACAAGUAGAAAAGUCGUGAAUAAUGUGUAUGCGAGUUUAGUUGAAAGUGCAUUGCGAAUCGACAAUGCGAAAGUUAAGGUGAUGAAUACCUUGAGAUUUGAAAGUAAUGAAAGUUUUGAUAAAGGUGGUAAUGAUCCAAAAAAGCUGGACACGUUGUAUGUUGGUGAAAACGAAAUUCAAAGACCAUGUGAUUGGGAAUGA